AUGACCUUGCGUCUCACGUCUGCUCCCGUGUCAGGCAUCAAGAAAAGAAAGGCCUCUGCUCCGAAACCUCGCGCUUCGCCUUUUGCUGCUCAUGCGCGCCGCAAGCCUACAUCCGGCGGAGCCAACAGCUUAAAAUCGACCGCAGAUCUGGGGUAUGAUGAUCCGCUUCCAGACAUAGGCGGGUCGCAUUUCAUAUCGGAGACCGCACCAGUCCAGAAUGUGCUACAGGCCAUUCAAUACAUCCGCGAUGGCAUGUUCGAGGACCUGCCCGCGCGCGCGGGCAUGAACAGCACACGCAUCGCAGAAGUCCUCAAUCUCCGUCGAUCGCUACCCCCACUCGCCUCCGUGGCUCAUGUUCAUACCCUGCUGGAGGCACCAACACAAGUGGAACGGGAGAUUGUCGAACAGAUCCAGGCAGGUCGAAUUCGGCGACUAAUCAUCCCAGGUCGAGGCAAUGAUGCGGCAGGCUUGGGUGAUUGUUUGGUGCUAGCAGAGGACUGGGAGAAACUAGUUCAGGACAGUCCUUCCUUGGAGCAACCAGUCAAGGAGAAAUUCCUUGAUAUUCUGAAACGUAUGGGAACCUCCUCUGCGAUAUCGCACGGGGUCUUCACCACUGAUGAGUACAGGGCCCUGCUCCGUGCCGGAUUUGUCGUUUCUUCGUCAUCAUAUACGCAAGGCACACUAAGCAUAGCAUCCCUCCCCAACUUACCUCAAAUGGCAGUUUCUUCGGCAAGUCGAAGCGAGUCUAUCUCGCACACUGAGCGCCCGGUGCAAUCAGCUGCUCAAGCCCGUGCUGCCACUCUUUUCCUGUCCCUUCCUAACACGGGCACGUAUCUCCGCUUGUUGGGGUCAGGUCGGGCACAUAUGCUUGCUCUUCUCCGGCGGUCCGCCUCUGCAGAAGUCCCUUUGAGUCUGCUCAAAGAUCGAUGGGAGGGAGCUGUUGAGUCCGAAAAGAAUAUAGGCAAACGAGCCCGUGGUGAGUUUGCCGGAGUACUUCCGGGUAAAACCAGGAAGUGGAAAGAGCUUUAUGGGAUGCGCUUUCGAUGGGCCGUGGAAGAAGCACUAGGCGCAGGACUGGUGGAAAUAUUUGAAACUGGCAGCGUGGGGCCUGGUAUUCGGUGUCUAUAA